AUGCUUAAAAUAGUUUCGAUUUUAACUCUCGUGCUUGUCUUUGUUGUUCAAGUUGUCAUUGCAGCAGAUGAUCCUCCAAUCACUCACAAAGUUUACUUCAAUAUAACUGAAGAUGAUAAACCCAUUGGUACUAUCACUUUUGGAUUAUAUGGAACUGUCGUCCCCAAGACAGCAGAGAAUUUUAGGCAAUUGACUCUUUCUAAGGAUCCAGAAUUUGGAUACAUUGACUCAAUUUUCCAUAGAAUCAUUCCUAAAUUCAUGAUUCAAGGUGGAGAUUUCGAAACUGGAAAAGGCUACGGAGGCAAAUCAAUUUAUGGAGGUAAGUUUGAUGACGAGAACUUCCAAUUGAAGCAUGACAAGCCCUACAAAUUAUCAAUGGCAAAUGCUGGAAGAAACACCAAUGGUUCUCAAUUUUUUAUCACUACUGUGGUAACUAGCUGGUUAGAUGGAGCCCAUGUUGUAUUUGGUGAAGUUGUUGAUGGCUUUGACGUUGUCGACUACAUUGAGAAUGUUAAGACAGGUUAUGGAGAUAAGCCAGUCAAGACUUUGAAGAUCUCGGGUACUGGAGAGAUUGAAGUUGAAGAAAACUUUGAAGUAAAGGAUGAAUUAUAA